AUGGCGAGUUGCUCCUUCGCUCGCGCCCAGGCAACACGGAGACUGAGAGCUGCAGCAGUGGCAACAGCGGCAGCUCUAGCUGCGGUGGCGACCACCCCACUUCUUUCCUCCGGAGCCCCGACCGCACUCAUUGGGACCGGGUCGUCUUGUCCGGGAGCCAUGUGGCUAUCCACAGCCACUGGCUCCCGGUCAGACUCCGAGUCAGAUGAGGAGGACCUCCCCGUCGGGGACGAAGUCUGCAAGCACGGCUACCUGCGGAAGCAGAAGCAUGGGCACAGGCGCUACUUCGUCCUCAAACUCGAGACCGCUGAAGCCCCAGCUCGGCUGGAAUACUACGAAAAUGCCAGGAAGUUCCGGCAUAGUGUCCGCGCAGCGGCGGCUGCAGCAGCGGCGACCGCCUCGGGCGCCGUGGUCCCGGCGCUCAUCCCACCGCGGCGCGUGAUCACCCUGUACCAGUGCUUCUCGGUGAGCCAGCGGGCCGACGCAAGGUAUCGACACCUCAUCGCCCUUUUCACCCAAGACGAGUACUUCGCGAUGGUGGCCGAGAACGAGUCAGAGCAAGAGAGCUGGUACUUGCUGCUCAGCCGCCUUAUCCUCGAGAGCAAGCGCCGCCGCUGCGGCACGCCUGGCGCACAGCCGGAGGGUGAGCCGGCCGCCCUGGCGGCUGUAGCAGCAGCGGAGCCACCCUUCUACAAAGAUGUGUGGCAGGUAAUAGUCAAACCCAGGGGGCUGGGGCACAGAAAAGAGCUGAGCGGCGUGUUCCGGCUCUGUCUUACCGACGAGGAGGUUGUGUUUGUGAGGUUGAAUACGGAAGUGGCCAGUGUGGUCGUCCAGCUCCUGAGCAUCCGUCGCUGCGGGCACUCGGAGCAGUAUUUCUUCUUGGAAGUCGGCAGGUCCACCGUCAUUGGUCCCGGGGAGCUCUGGAUGCAGGUCGAUGACUCUGUGGUGGCCCAAAACAUGCACGAGCUCUUUUUGGAGAAGAUGCGAGCCUUGUGUGCAGACGAAUACAGAGCCCGCUGCCGCAGCUACAGCAUCAGCAUCGGCGCCCACCUGUUAACCCUGCUGUCCGCUAGGAGGCACCUGGACAUGCUGCCGCUCGAACCCGGUGGCUGGCUCCGAAGGUCCCGCCUUGAGCAGUUUUGCCACCUCAGGGCCAUCGGCGACGGGGAAGACGAGAUGCUCCUCACCAGACGCUACGUAACGCCCAGCGAGCCUGUGCCCCCCUCCAGGCGAGGAAGAUUGCACCUGUCUAGAGCGUGCAGGUCCCGGAGAGCGAUUUCAGUGCCAGCCAGCUUUUUUCGCCGCUUAUCGCCCAGCCCGGUGCGGGCCCCGCACUCUGCGGAAACCCCCAACGAUGGAGCUUGUGUGUCUUCUGAAGGGUCUGGUUCUGGCUGUGGCAGCGCUGGGGAAGGGGGCGAUCCUCAGGGCAAAGAGGGACAGGAAGGAAACGGGGGCGACUAUAUGCCCAUGAACAGUUGGGGCUCGGGAAAUGGCCGGGGCUCAGGCGGUGGUCAGGGUUCCAGUGGCCAGGGCUCCAGUAGCCAGAGCUCGGGAGGAAACCAGUGCUCAGGUGGGGGACAGGCCUCUGGAGGCGGCCAGGGCUCAGGGGGCCAGGGUGCAGGAGGAAACCAGUGCUCAGGAUAUGGCCAGGGCACUGCAGGUGGGCACGGCUUAGGUGGUGGCCAGGGAGCUGGAGGUGGGCACGGCUCAGGCAGUGGUCAGGGGCCUGGAGAUGGCCAUGGCUCGGGCGCUGGCAAAAACUCAGGAGGGGGUAAAGGCUCACGAAAUGGAAAAGACUCUGAUGACAGUGGUGAGCGUGGAAAAUCUCUGAAGAAAAGAUCCUACUUUAGCAAAUUAACUCAAAACAAGCCACAGCAAAUGCCACCACCUCCACCACCUCCCCCUCCUCCAUCCCCACCAGCUGGAGCAACUGGUGGAAAAGGGAAGUCUGGGGGAAGGUUCCGACUUUACUUUUGUGCUGACAGAGGAGCAGCAAAAGAACGCAAGGAAGCCAAAGACGCAGAGACCCCAGAAGGUGCGGCUCGGGGGCCCCACAGAGCCAGAGAUUUUGAUGAAGAUGAGGAUGACCCAUAUGUGCCCAUGAGGCCGGGGGUGGCUGCCCCUCUUGCAAGCUCCAGUGAUUAUAUGCCAAUGGCUCCUCAAAAUGUCUCUGCUUCAAAAAAACGCCAUUCUCGAUCACCUUUUGAAGAUUCGAGAGGGUACAUGAUGAUGUUUCCUAGAGUGAGCCCACCACCUGCUUCAAGUCCUCCAAAAGCACCGGAUCCUGAUAAAGAGGAUGACUCAAAGGACAACGAUAGUGACAGUGACUACAUGUUUAUGGCUCCUGGAGCCGGUGCAAUUCCAAAAAAUCCCAGAAAUCCUCAGGGCGGCUCUUCCUCCAAAAGUUGGAGCUCCUACUUCACUCUGCCAAAUCCUUUUCGGGGCUCUCCACUGGGACAGAGCGACCACAGUGAGUAUGUACCAAUGUUACCUGGAAAAUUACUGAGGAAGGGCCUAGACAAAGAAGCGUCAUCUAAAGGGGGCCCCAAAGAUUCAGUCUCAAAGCCUUCAGUUGAGGGGUCAUUCUCAAAGCCUGGAUAUGGGGGGUCACCUUCAAAGCCUUCAGAUGGUGGGCCCCCCAAGAACAAGGCUAAGAGACCUAAACGACUUUCUUUUAUUACAAAAGGAAAUAAAAUUAAGCUGAAACUACAAAAGCCCACACGUGGGCAGCGAGAAGCUGAAAGCUCUAGGGACUACGUCAACAUUGGCUUCACUAAAAGAGGGAGCAAUAUGCUAGCCCCCGCUUCUCAAGGACUGCCAGAUUCGUGGGGCAUAAUUGCUGACCCCAGACUGUCAGCCUUUUCUAGUUACGUGAAUGUUGAGUUCGGCGUGCAAUUUCCAAACCCAGCAAACAACCUCUCAGAUCUUUUAAGAGCUAUUCCAGGUGCCAAUCCCCUCUCUCUGGACGGUGCUAGGUGGCCACUUACGCUUCUCCCUCCCUGUGCUAAUGAGGAAGAGGGUGACUACAUUGAAGUGAUUUUCAACCCAGCAAUGACACCAGCCGUGCCUUUUGCUGACAGUGCCAUUCACUAUGAUGCUGAAACAGGUCGAAUCUAUGUGGUCGACCCAUUUUCUGAGUGCUGUAUGGACAUCUCUCUCUCCCCCAGCCGAUGCUCAGAGCCACCACCUGUGGCUCGGCUGCUGCAGCAAGAGGAGCUAGAGAGAAGACGCCCACAAAGCCGUUCGCAAAGUUUCUUUGCAUCCGCCAGAGCCGCCGUCUCGGCCUUCCCUACCGACAGCCUCGAGAGAGACCUCUCCGCCUCAGCCUCCGCGGCCACAGCUCCGACCUUAGUCGUGGGCCGAGCAUUAGCCGCCGCCUCCGCCCUCGCCGCUGUCCCGGGCAUCGGUGCCGCUGCCGCGGGCUUCGAGGCCGCCUCUGGAUUUGACUCCUCCUCCGUCCGCUGGUUCCAACCUGUUGCCAAUGCUGCGGGUGCUGGAGCAGUCAGGAGGGCCCCAGACGCUGCCGGCGGCUCGACCCCCAGAGCCCCAGACCCAUCUGCAGGCCUCGCCGGAGGUGAGAACGGGGUGGGCGGGGCUGCUCCCCCACCGCCACCUCGCCACCGGCUGCCGAGCCCCCCUGGGCGGGAAGACUCUGACGACGACGAUACGUACGUGAGAAUGGACUUUGCCAGAACUGACAAGAAGUUCGACUCUCCCCAGAGAGAGUGAUUACACUGCCACAAGAACACAUUUUAGAAGAAAAGUGACGCUUAUUGAGUUUUGUCGUUGUCUACUCUGGAUCUACCUAACAGAAAGAAAAUUCAGAGGCUUCUGAGUGGAAAACAACCUGAGUUUCUAAAAGCGUACAAGUGGAUGCUGGUAGUUGAGUGAUCCUAACACAGAUCAUUCAUACUGCUGCCUUUUGGAUCCAGUGAUUUUUGAAUUAAGAAAUUCACACUGUACUUUGUUUUCUUCCUGGUUUCUCUCCCAAUCUCUCUUUGAAAAGAAACAAAUACUAUAAAAGUGAGCAUCCUAUAACUCUUUCCUUCCCCUCUUUAAAACAUGUUAUUUACAUAUGUGUAAAUGUGGCCAAUAUCAGUUUUACUGAUGUAUAAUAGUUUGAUUUAGUUUUGACUUGAAAAUCCUUUGAACAAGAGUAGAUAAAGAAGAAAGUUAUGUUCCUGAGAAGGUAGGUAUGAUCUGGCAUAAUUUUUUCUGAGUAAUACAUACAUAAAACAUUUCUUGUUCAAGAAAUUAAAUGUCAGUGAACCGAUAUCUUGAUGGGACAUUUCCAGUAUUUUAAAGGCAGGACCAAAGGACAGAUUACCUCAGUUUUUGCUCAUUAACAAAACUGCAACAUUCUGUCCACAUUAAAUGUUAACUCACUAAUUAUCUGGAUUUGGCAUUUCCAAUAUUUUAAAGGCAGAACUGAGGAACAGAUUAUUUGUUUAUAUACAACACUGUGAUGUUCUGCUUGUAAAUCAAUGGAGCAUUUCCAAAACCAUUAUUAUUUUUAAAAUUUUGAAACCUACAUUUUCCCCCUAAGAGAGGCAAAGGUCUUUAAAAGUCUUCUCACAAAGCCCCUCUCUGCCUCUCUGGGCCACCUCACUUUCACCUUUCAUUCUCUCCCUCUUUCUGGUUCUCUCCUCGAUACACACUCUCUCUCCUAUGCCCAGGGCUCCUAUAAAGAGAUCAGUUUCCCAAAUUCAAGAAAUUAGUGUGUACCUAUCUAUCAAUCAACAUUCUCACUAAAACUUAAGCCAAAAGGAACCUCUUAUAUGGCCUUGUUUCUCUUUGGACAAUGACUGUGUAAGAUGUACCAAACGUUUUAAAAAUCAGAGCAAGCUCCCCCCUUCUGGUUUUGCUUGCCUCUGAUGGAAACUGAAUUAAGAUUUUAGGAACCUGGACCUUUGAGAACAUGACACAAGCAGGUGGUGAUUACAGAGGUAGGUACAAAGGUCUUGAAGCUUGCUUAGAGGUUUGUUACAUGAUGGCACACAAAUCGUGAGUUGUAGCAUCAGUGGUAAACCUCACCGUUAUCACAGGUGGGUGCGAGCAUCUGUGUAACUGUGCGAGUGCUAGUGUGUGUGUGCACAUACUUAUGUGUAUGCACAGCUUUGUGUACCUGUGUACAUGUGGUUGUAGAUGUACCUGUUGUGUGUGACUGUUAAAAAAAUGGCUUUGCAUUUAAUGUGCACCUUUGAAGUAGUGUAAUAUUUACCUAACAUUUUUCGCCACCCGGUUAUGAUGUCUUUGAACGUGUACUUCUAUCUUCAAGCAGGCUUGUCGUACAUGUGGCUAACCCUAACUUCUCUGGUGAGCCAGUUUUGACUUCGAUUAUUUUUCCUUGCCUGCCAACCAAAAGGAUCGGGGGUGGGGGGCUCUUUUUUCCCCCCUUGUGAAUGGUGUUGAGGAGAGGAUGUGGCUGUAGUACCAAAUGCUACUCCAGCUGCUGGGCGCGAGGGCAUUGAUUUCAUCAUUUCCUUAAGACUCUUCUCUUUUCCCGACCUAAUGAAACAACGCAGUGUGGCUUUUGUUCAUUGUGAUAACAAUGCACUCUUCAGGCAGCCUUUUUUCAAGCCAUCACCAUUCCAUUUUCAAGUAAGUUAAAUAAUAAUCGUUCAGAAUUGUGGAAAGAAAUGAUUAUUUGGGGGAAAAUGCUAUUAUUGCUUUAUUUGCAUAUAAGGUUCAGGGGCUGCCAGCAGAUGGUACAACACAGAUGUGACACUUGCUGAAUAAAUGAAUGGGAAACCUCAUCCGGAACAGCACAUACAAAUAGUAACAGGUACAAAUAGUCACAGGUACAGCAUAACAAAUAUGCAAUCUUUUUGACACUACUUCUUAGUUUACAGACACAAUUUAUUCAGUAUUGUGCUGGAAGAAUCUUUCUAGAAUAUGUGUACCAACAUAUCACUUGCCUUCCAGCUACCAGUUUAUGCUGCUGUUAAGAAAAACCAAUGAUGGAACGAUUUUUUUUGUGUGACCUCUGCAUUUAAUUUAAUAUUGGACAUAGUCACUUGGUCAGUAAAAACUAAAACUUUACAGUUUCAGAAGUUCAUUCUAUUUGCUAGUUCUGCUUCACAGAUCUGCUUUAAGUUGUUCUGGCUUUGUCUUCCUUUGUAAAUACCCUUAUACUCUCUUUUCUUUGUAAACAUCUCAUUUGCAGUUUUGGGAGACAACCUUGCAACUCUGUAUAGUGUUUAUAUAUAUAUCUGACUUGCUUCCAUAGAGCUACUUGCAAUAAAUGUGUUCAUGAAAGUUAUUUGUGUGGAGACUCAUUUUUUUCUUAGUAGUGUUUUCUGAGACCUCCAUUAUAAAUACAUUUUUCUGCUCUGUGGUAGAACUGACUGCAUUUUUUUCAGGAUAAAGCAGUUGGGACAACUUAGAGCUUGGGUCAAAGUUACUACACCUAGAAUUAUGAGGUUUUUCAAUAGAGUUAACACAUCAACUCUAUUCUCCAAAGGUGGAGAUGAUGAUACUAGUGUAGAACUUAACUUGAGUUUUCAUGUCAGUCAGUCAUGAUAAUGUGUGAAUCCUAUAGUGAAGCAACUAGUCAGUGGGGUUAAGGUUAUCAUUUACAGUUUUCUUUUGUCUCCUUCCCUUGCCACUUACUCUUACCCUUUAAGUGACUCCCUUUUCAUUUACUUAUUUUUAACUAAACUACUGGGAAGGCAAAUACGAGUAAGGGGAAAAUACAUGAACGCACAGACAAAAACAAUUUUGUGUUAAUGGAAUAUAGAAGGGUGGAUGGAUUCAAUAUCAAACAUGUAUUAGCAAAUUGUCAGCCUUAUCAGAAGCCAAAGAUUUAAAGGGACAUUAGAAAAAUAAGUGCCUCCCUGGCUCUUUCCCUUACCAAGUCGCCCUUGCCACACAGAGGGGCAAUGAAAAUAAAUACGCCUCUGGGACCAAUGCUCAUCCAAGGCUCAUCGGGUAGGGAUGGAAGGGAUCUGUGGAGUCAGAUGGGGCACAGGGUAGGGAGGCAGGCCCCACAUCAUGUGCAAAACCCACAAGCUACAUGGAUUGUUUGCAGGCAGUUGAAUUCAUUGUGCAGUUUUACCUUACUUCAUGCACCUGAGAAGUUGUGUGUAAAAGAAUAUCCCAACAGGAAGGUAUAGACUGCCUUUAUCAUUAGACCCUGUUACAACAGAGACCAUCUUACAAUCUGUGUAAUUUACUUACAUGGAUUAUAUAUAAACUUUAGUCCUCAUUUCAAGGGAGGUAAUUUGUGUUUGUCAGGGCAUUGCCCAAAUACAUUUUACUCAUCCCAAACAGCCCCUCAAAGACAGAUAGGCACAUCUGUGCUUAUCAGUCUACAUGAGCUUUGUACUCAUUUGGUGAUUCACAUCCUAAUGGGACUUGAAUUCCUGGAACAAUAGGCAUAGUCAGUGUGACUACUUUGACAAUCAGAACUCAUGAGCUGGGAAAAUCUACACUGAAGAGUACACGAACAGAAAUUCA